AUCAGCCUCUAAUCCAAGCAUACAGACGCUCUCCUAAUAUACUGUGCAUUGACCUAUUACACUUCCCACAUCAGCCAUAUCCUACUCUUUCAAGGUAGCCAGUAUGCCACCACAUACCAUCCAAAUCAACAUAAUACACACUGCGUAAACAGCGAUUGGGUAGCAGCGACACGAGUCAGCCUUGCGAGCCUCGUCAGCCGUCCACUGUAUAUAGCCCGCGUAUUCACCCGGUAAACCAGAGCCGAACAUAUCCAAGUUGCUACACACCCACAAAACCCCCAACAAUAACGAAGAUGGAUACCUUCCUCCCCGCCACCGCACCCCCGAGCGCAACCGCCCACCGCAUCGACUUCACCCAGACCACCCCACCCCUCCCGCCCUACCGCCACCUCUUCGCCGCGAUCAUCGACAACGUCUUCACCGAAGCCGAAUGCACCGAACUCCUCCGCCUCGCCGAAGCCAGCACCCUCACCGCGACCUCCCAGACCCCGCAAUGGGAGCGCGCCAUGCUCAACGUCGGCGCCGGCGAACAGGUCCUCCGCCCCGAUACGCGCAACUGCGGCCGCAUCAUCCUCGACGCGCCGGAGCUGGCGCAGAAACUGGGCGAUCGGAUCCUCCCCUUCCUGCGGGAUGAGUUCGGGCUCGACGUUCUGGAAAAAGACGCCUGGCGCGUGACGCUGCAGACGCGCCGGCGCUACCAGCUCACGCGGCUCAACGAGCGGCUGCGCUUUCUACGGUACCAGGGCGGCGAGUUCUUCCGCCCGCAUUGGGAUGGCUGGUAUACCACGCCGGAUCGCCGGGAGCGGUCGUUUUUCACGGUGCAUGUAUAUUUGAAUGGGGAGGGGGAGGGAGACGAGGGUUUGGUGGGGGGAGCGACUUCCUUUGUGAGACGGUUGGAGGUCGAGAGGGAGGAGGAUGAGGUGGUCAAGGUGCUUCCUAAGGUUGGGUCGGUGUUGGUGUUUCAGCAGAAUGAUCUGCUGCAUGCCGGGGAGCCGGUGGUGCGCGGGGUCAAGUAUACUUUAAGAACGGAUGUGAUGUAUUCGGAGAUUUUGGAGGGUGAGGAUUGAGGGUUGGGCUGCGGGUGACCAGAGGGAUGGUAGAUAGUGAGGUGAGGGUGGAUACGAGGUUUAUGGUUGUAUGGGUGAUGCACAAGUUAGCUGUUGGCAUGUUGUACUGGUGAAGAUAAGGGUUGGUGUGUAGCCGGCGAUAAGCGACAAAUUAACGCUCGAUUGUCCAAUGCUUCUUUCUGCUUCCCCAACUUCC